AUGACGCGCAGCGGCCGCCGGACGUGUCGUUGGUGUGUUGCGCGACGGCCCUGAGAGGAAAGCGGGACCUGACCGUGGAGCUGGGCCUGAGCCCGGAAAGCCAUCGCAAUGUCGAUCGAAAUCGAGUCGUCGGAUGUGAUCCGUCUCAUCAUGCAAUACCUGAAGGAGAACAGCUUACAUCGGGCGUUAGCCACGUUGCAGGAGGAAACUACGGUGUCUUUGAAUACUGUGGACAGUAUUGAGAGUUUUGUGGCGGACAUUAAUAGUGGCCAUUGGGAUACUGUUUUACAGGCUAUACAGUCCCUGAAAUUGCCAGACAAAACCCUUAUUGACCUCUAUGAACAGGUUGUUCUAGAAUUGAUAGAGCUCCGUGAAUUGGGUGCUGCCAGGUCACUUCUGAGACAGACUGACCCUAUGAUCAUGUUGAAACAAACACAGCCAGAGCGGUAUAUUCAUCUGGAGAACCUCUUGGCCAGGUCUUACUUUGAUCCUCGUGAGGCAUACCCAGAUGGGAGUAGCAAAGAGAAGAGAAGAGCAGCAAUUGCCCAGGCGUUAGCUGGGGAAGUCAGUGUGGUCCCUCCGUCUCGUCUCAUGGCAUUGCUGGGACAGGCACUGAAAUGGCAGCAGCACCAGGGAUUGCUUCCUCCUGGCAUGACCAUAGAUUUGUUCCGAGGCAAAGCAGCUGUCAAAGAUGUAGAAGAAGAAAAGUUUCCUACGCAGCUGAGUAGGCAUAUUAAGUUUGGUCAGAAAUCACAUGUGGAGUGUGCUCGAUUUUCUCCAGAUGGUCAGUAUCUAGUCACUGGGUCUGUUGAUGGAUUCAUUGAAGUGUGGAACUUUACGACUGGAAAAAUCAGGAAGGAUCUUAAGUACCAGGCCCAGGACAACUUUAUGAUGAUGGAUGAUGCAGUCCUCUGCAUGUGUUUCAGCAGAGACACAGAAAUGUUAGCGACUGGGGCCCAAGAUGGAAAAAUCAAGGUGUGGAAGAUUCAGAGUGGACAGUGUUUAAGGAGGUUUGAAAGGGCACACAGUAAAGGUGUCACCUGUCUAAGCUUUUCUAAGGAUAGUAGUCAGAUCCUGAGUGCCUCUUUUGACCAGACAAUUAGAAUUCAUGGCUUAAAAUCUGGUAAAACUCUGAAGGAAUUUCGUGGCCAUUCCUCGUUUGUUAAUGAAGCAACAUUUACACAAGAUGGACAUUAUAUUAUUAGUGCAUCCUCUGAUGGCACUGUAAAGAUUUGGAACAUGAAGACCACAGAAUGUUCGAAUACCUUUAAGUCCCUGGGCAGCACUGCAGGGACAGACAUCACUGUCAACAGUGUCAUCCUGCUUCCUAAAAACCCAGAGCACUUUGUGGUGUGCAACAGAUCAAACACGGUGGUCAUCAUGAACAUGCAGGGGCAGAUUGUUAGAAGCUUCAGCUCUGGUAAAAGAGAAGGUGGUGACUUUGUUUGCUGUGCCCUCUCUCCGCGUGGUGAGUGGAUCUACUGUGUGGGCGAGGACUUCGUGCUCUACUGUUUCAGCACAGUGACUGGUAAACUGGAGAGAACUUUGACAGUUCAUGAGAAGGAUGUGAUUGGCAUUGCCCAUCACCCUCAUCAGAACCUGAUUGCUACCUACAGUGAAGAUGGACUCCUAAAACUCUGGAAACCCUAAGGCAACUUUUCUUUUUAAACUAGCUUGGGAGCAUGCACGUCAGUGAAGACAUUCACGUGUGUUGCUCUUUUUUUUCUAGCUUUCCUAAGGAGACAAAGUGAGUUAGGUCACACACAGAAUAAUUUUGUGAAAGUUCAUUUAAGUAGCGAUUACCUUUUUUUUUUUUUUUAAUGUAUUUUUACGGCAUUAGUUUGCUUCUGAAUGGGGCAAUUACAUAAUGUUUUCAAUAAUCCUUUACCUGGAGAGUGAAAUAUUGGUAUUUCUAGAAAGAAAUUCUACUCUUUUGAUUAUUGGAAACGCUGAUUAAAUUGUACCUCUCACAGUAGAACUUGUAAAUAAGGAACUAUCCCGUGUUCACUAGCUGUUUUCUGUUCAUUUUUUUUUUUUUAAGAUGUUAAUAAACUUUCCACCUGUCUGGAGGUGUUGUUUUUAAUAUGUGCUUAUCCAUUUAACUGAUUUACUUAAAGUGGCGGUGGCAGUAUUAUUAUCCCUGAAUCUCAAGUACAGCAGGAAGGCAUUUCCUGAGAUAGUAGAGUAGACUGGUAUGUAGAAAGGUCAGGUGAUACGUAAGAUCUCAUUUCACUGCCCUCUCAGCCUUCCACUCAUUCUUCUCAGCUGUGCCUUUUCAGCUGUUCUGGCCAGCUUUCGGAGUAGUACUGGUUUCAGCAUCCAUUCUGAGAAUUUAAAGUUUUGACAUUAUCCUUUUGUACGUGGAGGAAGAUUUGGCAAUGAAGUGUACUGUUGUCCUGAAGAGUAAUUAGAAAAGGACCUGAGACUUAGCGAGUCUUGUUUGCAGUGUGCAUCAUCAGUUAGCUAAAGGAAAAAACUUAAAACCCUGUGAUACCCUUGAAUAUAUUUUGCACAUGGGUAUCUGUUUCAUGUCUAGGUGACCUUGGGUUUGGCAGUGAGUAAAAUUCAACAUUAAAAGCAUGAUCCAUGAAAGCAAAAAUUGUCAAGUUGGGUGUUCAUUAAAAUUAAAAACUGCUCUAUGAAAACCAAGGGAAUGAAAAGACAAGCCUCAGAUUCAGAGAAACUAUUUGCAAAACACACAGAUCAGAUCAAAGACUUUAUGCAGAAUAUACAAAGCACUCUUAAAAUUCAGCAAUAAGAAAAACAAUCCAAUCAAAAAGUGGGCAAAACUCCUCAGACAGGAAUUAGACUGGACAAUGAGAUAGAAAAUGAUGCUGGUGAAGAAUGAGCUUCUUGGACCAAGUAGACACUUGAGACUAUGUUCGCAUCUCCUGUCUGGAGGGGAGAUGAGAGGGCAGAGGUCAGAAGCUGGUGGAAUGGACACGAAAACAGAGAGUGGAGGGUAAGAGUGGGCUGUUUCAUUAGGGAGAGAGCAAUUAGGAGUAUGUAGCAAGGUGCAUAUAAAUUUUCGUAUGAGAAACUGCUAGCAAGGUGCAUAUAAAUUUUUGUAUGAGAAACUGACGAUUUGUAAACUUUCACUUAGAGCACAAUAAAAAUUUUUUAAAAAUGUGCCAUAAUCUUAGGAAAAAAAAAAUGGUCUGAAAAAAAAAAAGUGGGCGAAAGAUUUGAACAGAUACCUCACCAAAGAAGAUACACAGAUGGCAUAUAAACAUGAAAAGAUGCUUAGCAUUUGUCAUUAGGGAAUUGCAAAUUAAAAUGCAACAAUGAGAUAUCAAUGGCAUCUAUCGUUAGCUGCUGUUGAGUUGGCCCCCAAUUUAUGGCGACCCCAUGCGCCACCGAACGGAGCACUGCUUGCCCUGUGCCAUCCCCAUGAUGGCUGUGGAUCAGAUCAGUGUGAUCUGUAGGGUUUUCAUUGGCUGAUUUCUGGAAGUUGAUCACCAGGCCUUUCUUCUUAAUCCAUCUUAGUCUGGAAGUUACUCUGAAACUUGUCUGUUAUCAUGGCAACAUGCAAGCCUUUUAGAAUGGCUAAAAUCCAAAACAGCGACAGCACCAAGUGCUGGUGAGGACAUAGAGCAACAGGAACUCCCGUCCAUUGCUGGUGGGGAUGCGCAACGGUACAGCCACUUCGGAAGAGUGUGGCAGUUUCUUAAAAAGCUAAGCAUAGUGUCACCAUAUGAUCUAGCAGUCGUGUUCCAAGGUAUUUACUCAAGUGAGUGGAAAACUUACGUCCACUCAAAAACCGGCGCAGGAAUGUUUAUAGCAGCUUUAUUCAUAACUGCUAAAAUUUAGAAGCAACCAAGAUAUUCAGUAGGUGAAUGGAUAAACAAAUUGGUAUAUCCAUACAGUGGAAUAUUACUCAGCAAUAAAAAUAAACGAGCUCUCACACUAGGAAAAGACAUGGAAGACCCUUAAAUGCAUAUUGCUGAGUGAAAGAAGCUAGCCCCCAAAAGUUAUGUAGUGUGAUUACAGCAUUCUGGAAAAGGCAAAACUACAAAGACAGUGAAAACUUCAAAGGUCGCUGGGGUAAGGGAAGGGUGAAUAGGUGGAGCACAGAGUAUUUGGGGCAGUGAAAUCUUAUGUAUGAUACUUCGAUAAUGGAUAUAUUGCAUGCAUUUAUCAAAACAACUGUACAACACCAAGAGUGAGCCCUAAUGUCCACUAUGGACCAGUUAAUGUAUCAAUGUUGGUUCAUCAGUUGUAACAAGUGUAUCACACAUGCAAGAUGCUAAUAGUUACGUGGGAGCUCUUACUUCUAUGUAAACCUAAAACUGUCUUAAAGUGUUAAUUUUUAAAAGUGUGCUAAGAAAAAAGCUUGUGCUUUUUUGCUAAUGGGAGGAGGGUCACUUAAUAAGCCCCACAGGGUUAGGAAAGGCUUCCUGGAGGUGACUGUAAAAGGACCAGCAGGAGCUGGUGGUAGUUUUGGCACUGUUGAGUAAGCAGAGAGAACCUUACUAGGAGCAGUGUGGCACAACAGCAAGGUAUGUGCUGGGCAAAUACGGCAGUGUAGGAAGAGGCCAGGGGAAGGGGCCUUGAUUUUAAUCCUCUAGCUAUGGGUGGGUGCCCUUACAUAUAUUUUUCUUUGUAACAAAGUGAUAUACUGGGUAUACCAAGAAAACAGAGAUGAAAAUCAAUCUCCUGCCUCAACCAGGUAAAUCUUUCCACUUUCUUCAUUAAAGAGCUACGGCUGCUAACCAAAAGGUCAGCGGUUCGAAUGCAGCUGCUCCUUGGAAACCCUGUGGGGCAGUUCUACUGUCCUAUAGGGACUGUGAGUCAAUCGACUCCGCGGGAAUGAAUUUUUUUUUUUAAAACUGAAAACAGCGUUUGUUAUUUCAAGUUUUGUUAAAAAAUGGGAACAUGCUCUUAUCAUUACUCUGCUUAGAUUUUCUUCUAAAACCCAUGUGGCCAUCGCUCCAAUAGUGAAGACAGGGAGCCCUUUGUUAAGCAGGAGCGCGCGUCCAUCCACGAGGUUAACUAAGGCCACCGGGAUCACCGGCCGCCCGGCUCUCCCCGCCGUAGCCCGGCGAGCGGGAGCUGAGGCAGGUGGCCGGCCGCGCAUGCGCGAGGUGCCGCGCACCCCCGGUGAGUCCCUACCUGCUCCCGGUGCGCCUUUGCUCCAAGUCGGGGCAAGGCCAAGCAGCGCAGGAACUGGAACCUGGACAAGGGAAGCCCUACACAGGCUUCGGUGAGCGCGCUGAGCACCCGCCGGAGCCAACUGCCAAAGGCUGGAGACAUCUGGUAGCACCAUGGGAUUUUCACUUCACAGGUUUGGCAGUCAGAUGGUGCUGGUCUCUUAACCAAUGCCCGAGAUAGUGGUGAAGUAUAUGAGGGUUGGAUGCUGUUGAAUCGGUUGGCGGUACUCUUUGAAGGUUCUGUAUUAGGUCAUCCCAAUAUUUAUCAUUUUUCUCUGCCUCUCUGAAUCUUGCCGUCACUCAAACUUUAGGUUUGGGCAGAGGCAAAGAAACCAUGGAUUAUUUCUCCACAUUCUGUUAAAAACGUUUAUCUACACUGGCUACCGGCAGUGAGAUGAGAAUUGAAUUACAGGACAGGACCUGGAUUCCAGGCUUUGCUGUCAAGUUUCUUUUUACUUGGGCUAGAACCAGUUGUUGCCAGCUGCGAAGUGAUUUCAACUCAGGGUGACUGCAUGUGUGUCAAGGUAGAACUGUGUCCCAUUCAGUGACAUCAAUGUCUGAUUUUUCAGAUUGCUAGCCUCUUCUGGUACAACUGUUUCAUUAGCGGCAGAGCUCGGAGCUCUUAACUGUUCAUGCCACCCAAGGUAGAACAACGGUUCUCAAAGCAUCAUGGGGAACUUGUUUGAAAUGCAAACUCAAGUCCCACGCCAGGCCUACAUCACUAAAAACUGGUGGUGUGGUCCGGCAAACACGCUCAAAUUUGAGAAACACUUGAUCACUUGAACCCACUACAAAGUAGGUGUUUUGUGUCUCACAAGGUUGCUACAAUAAUCAAAUUGUGUUAAAGGUGCCAAGACUUCAGAAACCCUGGGAAUGGCAUUUUUGUAUUGCUGCAGCUUGCUAGCAUGCUCAUUCACUGCACUUUGAGAGCUUUAUGAUUCCUUUUCCCAUGUUAUUUCAAAAAAGAAAUUGCCAUCAAGUGUUCAUCUAAGCUCUUCCUGGUCUGAACUUGUUGCAAUAGCUAGGGCUGGCUGCCAUUAUUUGACCUUCCACAAGUGCUCUUAAAGUGGCAUUACCCUGUCCCAGGUGGCUUUCAACAUUGGUUGCACAUUAAGAAUUGUCCCGACGCUUAGGCCACACUAGCUCAAUUACAUCAAAAUCCCUGGAGUGUAGGAUUCAGUCAGUAUUUGUUAAAGCUUCCCAGGUCAUUCCCAUUGUAGCCAAGGCUGGGAACCAGUACCAUAUGCAGACUUAUGAAGCUAAUUUCAUAUACAGGAAAAGUGUUCCAAGAUCACCCUCCUAAGACAUUAUCUACUUCUAUUCCGACUGUGUACGUCUGAAUGAAUGGGCAGGGGAGGGGAAGCAUCACAGAGAAAGCAUUAAUCACUGCUGUGGUGAGGAACUAUACGUAUACUUAUGUGAGCAAUGACCUUGGUUGUCUUCAGAGACUUAAGACACGUAUCGUAUAUAGUCAUGUGUUGCUUAACAUCCAGGACAUGUUCUGUGAAACAGGAUGUUAUGUGAUUCGGAUGUUGUAUAAACACCUUUGUCUGUGGGGUACUGGCUUGGGCAGCUCCUGUUGCAGAUCCCUCAGGUAAGCACUUACUUGGCUAGUACCACCCGGUGGCCACAGCCCUAGGAAGGUCAUGGUGGGGACGCAGGGGGGUUAUCAGUGACCUAGGACCCCUGCCCUAGCUGGGCCCCACUAUGCCUGCUGACCCUUUGGGAGCAGGAUUGGGUGCCCACUCCUCCGAGCAGCCACAAGCCAGACCACAGACACAUAUGCAGUUGGAUGUUACCUGAAGGGAUGUUAUGUGGCACAUGACUGUAUAUACAGACUACACAGAUGAUAUCUGUCAGUUUCUGCUUCUCUAAUUAGAAAAAUUAACUGUUUUUAAAGUGUCCUUACAAUUUUUAUAUUGUAAUUUUUCAAAGCUCUUUAAAUGUACCACAAUACAUACUCAUUGCAGCUUUUAGAACCUGUAUGUAAGCUCAGUUAAAAUUAAAAUCUGUCACAUGUAUGAUUUUGAAUACUUUGAUGAGUCAGUGUUGCUGUCUACAUGGGAUGCUACUUAAAUGAGGCGUGGGCAACUAACUGUUUACUGAGAGCCUAUACCAGGCACCUAGGUCACCUUUUCCUAUUUCUUCACUGCCUUGGCUUUUCUCUCUCCUUUCCAGAACAUCUCUUUCAUAUCUACCAACUGUAUUAAGGUAGCUGUCUGGCAAAGGAACUAAGAGACAGCCCAACACUAAUGCUAAUGGGAGAGGGAAGAGGCCGUCAACAGAGAAUCGACAAGAAGCACAGAACACUUGGGAGAUAUUUUCUACAUCAAGUUUUAGUAUCUUUUUAAGUUGGUGUUCUCUAUAGAGGAACUUAUGAUACUGGCCACUUCCAGGUUGGAAAUAUUUAAGCUUCCCAAUUACAGGACAGAGAGCAGAACCUGAGGAUAGGUUAGAAUAGGCAAAAAGCUCUCUCACUCUUACUCCAGUGUUUACCAAGUUUUAAACCACCCUUGGCACAUUACCCCCACCCCCAUUAUCACUCCCCAUCCAGGUUUAAAUGAUAUUAAACAUUUAACUAUAGUUAAGUAUUUUUUGGUAUUACUCAUUUUAGCUAAAGGAAAAGUUACCUAUCUUAAUUAGGGAAAAGCCAAGGCUUCGAGCUGGGAAAAAAAAAGCCUGUAGUGACACACAUUGGAAAUGCUUUGCAAUCAGUGUAUUAAGGAGAAAUUCAUACAUACCAAGAAUUGCCUGAAUUCUAAUAUCCAGAUUUAAGCAUGUGAACAUAUGAUGACGUUUAAACAUACAAUUAAAGCUAUUCAUCCUAAUUUGCUAUACUACCAUCAUUACAAUACUUUGGAGCGUGAAGUUAUACGGUUUAAAGAAGCCUGUAACAUAGCUAAGGAACACCUUUCCUAUCUCAUACAUGCAUAUUACUUCUCCAUGUAAAGGUAUCUUCACUUUGUCUUCUAAGUUACCCAACUCCUGGAGUCCCUACUCUGGGGCUUAUCAUGGUCCAAAGACAAGGGGUUAAAACAAACAAAAAAACCAGAACCAAUCAACAUACUUUCAUAUAAUAUAUACAUAAAAAGAUGGCACAGCCAAAGUAAGUGCAAUUCUAGAAGUACAAGACCUCAAGAAGCAGUAUAGGAUGAUAAAUCCCUUCUUUAGAAAGGUAUCAUUUCCACCACUUAUAUCACAUGCUAAAUUAUAUCUUGAGCCAUCUUCAAGAAACAGUUGAGGCAACAGAAAAAUGCAGAAUCAUCACAACGAAUCUCACGUUAAUACAAAUAAUUAUACAAACCAACACUUCUCCACAAAUUCAGAUUUUCUUUUGGUUGCCAGUUAAGUACAGUUUUAAUUUUACAGCUUAACAAUUAAGGGUCAUAGACUGAAGUCAAUAUACACACCUAGCAUUUCAGUCUAAGCUAGUCCAUGUGCACAGCUGAAAACAAUUACAAGGUAUGGCCCAACAAACACUAGAGAAGAUUUUUUCUUUUUUAAAAACCAAAAGUAGCCUUUACAAGUAUUAGACUUUAUCUUGCACACUGAAGUCAUCGUACAUACAGGGCAAAGUCAGAGCUUUUAUAUUUGAGUUUAUUCUUGACUUUAAAACACUACUAUAGUUGAACAUUAAAACAAAAACAAUAGCAAGUAGUGAGCAUAUUAUGAUUACAGUCCUUCACUUCUUCACUACGGCAUAUAAAAUGCCAAGAGUGAGCAAUAUUCAGCGGCCUCCAUUAAGAGGUCUGACACUGAACCCCACCUCUGGGGUGAUGGUCAUCAUCCUCAUAUGCUUCUCCAUUGUAAUGACGCCGUCUUUCCUGGUUUGGAUCAAAGUCCACCAGUUCUACCUGAUCCAUUUCAUCAGUCUCUUCUACUUCCUUCCUCUCAGGUAGGAGUUUUUCCAGCAAAGAGAGUUUUUCAGGAGAGAGAAAGCCAUUCUCAGGAAAGUUUACCUACAGAAGGAAAUUUCUACUGUAAGUUCAAUUUGACUGAUUUCAUCAUUAGUUCUGUAGACCAAUUACUGUGGGCUCAAUUUUUCCCAAGAAGAACACAUAUACCCAUAUCUAACUUGUAGGGGAAAGCUACCAAUCCCAGGUCAGGUUAGUAGCACUUGACAUUCUGAAUUGGCAUUUUUAAGGCUUAUGACACAGGUUUUAUUUUGUGAUCCUAGUAAGACUGCACCUAAACAACCACUAUUCUGUUCAGCAGAUACUUUUUUUUUUUUUUUAACACAAGCCCAUCCUAAAAUACAUUCUGAUCCUCUGUAACAGUUAAUUUAAACAAAACUAUUCUUAUUUAAAAAGGUAGUUCCUUUCUUAACCAAAAAACAUUUUUAAUGAAUCAGCAAAUUUAAUAUAGUAUUCAACCCAAAAAUCCACAACGGUUAUUUUAAGAUCCUGAAAUAAAAUAAGAUCAAUUUAAGACCCCCACCAACACUUUAAAUAGCCAGCUAAUGAUGCAAACAAAUCCACCCCCAACUUGUUAACAAAGAACGCUCACAAGGCGGCAGGAGUACUAUCAGAUCAGAGUAUUUCUACCUGAACAAGAACAUAACAAUAAAUUUUUAGUGUUUCUUGACAUUCAGAAAAAUGUAAUUCUGUACCGGAUUUUAAAAAAUUAAUCAUUCUCAAGUAUUCAGACUAUAGCUUACCUUAAAUUCGAUGAUUAGGCGCCCCUUUUCAUAUGGUCUACGAUAAAUUGGCAUGCCUUCAUUUAGCACACACUUGAUAUCUUCAUGCUUGACAAUCUGACCUAAAACAUUGAAGCCCAGUUCUUCCAUAAGUAUGGUCAGAUUUUUAGAAUGCAGGACAAGUAGACAACAUCCUAGAGUUCACUGAUAGGAACAAAUCUGUGAGCUGAAGCAAUUUUGUCAUCUUUCACUUAUGGGUUUUCUAGUGGCUAUCAAAACAAAAAAGAGCCAAGGUCACAUGACUUCAGCUCAGCCUCAUGAAGGGUAUGCAAUGAAGGAAGAACCUCAGUUUUCACCAAGUUCCUGUAACACUACUGAGUUAUCAGCAGACAACGAAAAAAAACCACUCGACUAGAAUGAGGAGCUAGUCUAGGUAUCAUACCUGGAUGAGAAGUGAUGACUAUGGUUCGGUUGUCAAGAGUAGAUAUUGGCUUCUGGAAGCCACACAAUGCCUCAACCAGCUGUAUGUCCAUACACAUGAAAAGGUCUUCUCCUCGUCUGUAUCGAUGUAAAUAUGGCACAUAGUUACAUCUUUUAAAUCAUCAAUUAUCAGAAGGCCCAGAGCAGGCGAUUGUUUUAACAUCAAUGGCGUCUUUCACAAAGACACCCUCCUUUCCCCAUGCUAAGAAUGAAGCAGCAGACAUACGGGACUUGCCAGCCUUGUAUCUACAAAGCUUCAGAAUCCUUCAGCACAUUCUAUAGGCAACCUCUACCAUGUACCAUCCCUAAAUUGCCUCAUUACCUCAUUUUUAAUCUGUUUUCCCAUAAAAAGUGAGAAAAGAAAAUUCUCACAAGAAUGAGGCUAAAAGGCAGUAAACAAACACUACUAUCACAACAGGGCAUUAUCGUGUAACAGUUGGACAGACCUGGGCUGAGUCUAGGAUUAUUUAGGUUCUAUGAAAUUAAAUAACGGGGAUACGAGCAACUUCAAGGGACGGUAAGGAUUUCCUGAUCUCUGUGAGGUAACCAAUUUGUCGUCAGUUGCCUUCAGGUUGAUUCAUGGUGAAUCUGUAAUAAUGACUGGCGACAGCACAACAGUCCUUACCUUGUUGUCAUUUCCUACUGUUCUUAAGACUUGGGAAAUGUCUGUAUUAUAAUUUAAAAUUAGUUAUAAUAGAUAGUUCCUUCUAGAUGACACUACCAAGACAUUUACUGGAACUCUACCUUCAGUCCGGUAUACUUUGAAAUUAGUCAUGGGUAUAUAUUUAACACAUUCAUUGUCAACCACCAAUCUUUGUGCUUCAGUGUUAAAAUCAUCGUAAAAUCAGCAUUAAAUACUACACAGCAAUGGACCUGUGUUUUUAAACAUACUUAAAGUUGGGUGCCAAUUUGAGUUUCUUACAGAGAUUGGUUUUGCCUGGUAUGGAAACAAUCCAGUUUAUCAUGAACUCAAUUUGAAACUGGUGACAGCUUUAGGGCACUUACUUCAAAUUAACUGCCUGUACUAAGAUUGAGGGCAAAGUUUUCCCCAUCCCACCUGCUGCCUGCCUGACUAUAUUUAUUAGUAAUAAAAGCUACAAAGUAUCUCCUGAUUGAAGCACACCCUUCAAGUUCCAGAUUAGGCAACAAUUUUGAGACCAAAAGCUAACAUCAGAUUCUAUUUUUUUUACAGCCUCCUUCAAAACAAGCAUAUAGUCACAACUAUGGUUUUAACAACCUUUUACAAAAUACAUUAUCCAUAGCCUAACUUUCAUGCUUUUCCAAGGUACUUCUAGGAAAUAUGUUCUAAGAGUAAUAAAAAGCUCAUUAAAAUUAAAAACCACCAAACCAAACACGCAAGACAGGCUGAGUUUUUACCUAGUAAAAACAGCAUGGUCCUUCUGAUCUAAAACAAUGAUAAUAUCUCCUGGCUCCAGUCCUGGCUCUUGGUCUCCUUCACCAUGGAAUGUUAUCUUCUGGCCAUCUUUCAUACCUAAAAACAAAGGUUAAUUUUGUCACUGAACUUCUAAUUAAAUUUAGAAUCCCAAAAUCUAUUAUGACACACAAAUGCAGGUUUGUGUGUGCCUGAAAAAUCUUUGUGAAUGCUAAGCAUCACAGAAAUAGUUAAAAAUGGCUACUUGGUUAGAUCAACCCACUUUCCUACUAAGAAGGAAACUAUUACAUACUAAAGAACACAAACUGUAGAGACCAACAGACCUGGCUUCAAAUCACAGAGCUGCUACUUACAAGCUGGAUUACCCAGGAAGGCAAGGCACAACCUUGCUAAGCUUCCACUUUCCCUUGAGACCAACCCCAUUAUGGCUGUUGUGAAAAUUAAAUAAAAUGUCAAAUAUUAUAACUAAUAAACGUUAACCAGAGUGCCACCUCACCACUUAUAUGUAAGAACCUAUUUCGGGUUAUUUGUAAAGUGCAAGAGUGGCAUAAACCAAGAUUUUCUUCUACAUAUUGUACUACCAGUAAUUAUACAGAGAAAACCUUCAUCAACAUGGAGCCCUGGUGGUGGAUAAGCAUUUGACUGCUAACCAAAAGGCUGGCAGUUUGAAUUCACCAGCUGCUCUCUGGAAACCCUACAGGGCAGUCCUACCCUGUUCUAUAGGAUUGCUAUGCGUUGGAAUCAACAAGGGUAAUGGGUUUGCGUUUUUUCUUCAUCAACUAACUUUUAUUUGGAAUAACUCUUCAACCAUUGAAAAACUUUUAUACAUCUUUUUGUUAAAGAACCAUUCAGUUUAGUACCCUUUAAAAACAAAAUAAAGGAUAAUCACUGCUUGCCACUCUCUUAGUCUAUGUGGUCAAUGUAAAAAGUAGAGAGACAGGUUAUUUCCCAACACUGCAAAAAAUUCUUUAAAGGCCAACAUAUUUCAAUGAGAUUCCACCCCACCAACCUCUGUCCUGCAAUAUAGUUCAGUAAUAGCUUGGGCAUCACCUUAAAACUUAAGAAAAUCUGUGUUUGCGGAUCAUUACAUUGUAGCAGUACGCCCUCGUUAUUUCCUGAACCAAUGAUUAAAGUUGCCUAGGUAAAAGCAACUUUGUUUCACUGUUCAUUAUGGAAAUCAUUAAACCUGUACAGAACCAAAUAGUAAGAUGAAUCUCCAUAUAUCUAGUUUCUCCAGUUAUCAACUCAGGACUAUUCGUUUCUCCUGUGAUACUUCCACUUACAAUUCCCCCAUGUAUUACUUCGAAGCAAAACCCAGACUAUCAAUUUAUCCCAAUGGUUCAGUAUGUACCUCUAAAAAAUGAAAGACUUAAAAAAAUUAUCAUACACAACCAAAUUAAACAAUCUGCCUUCAACAAUGUACAAGGCAAAGUAACUGUCUUGUCACAUUUGUGCAGCAAAAUUAAACUCAGGUUUUGCUAGUUGUUCCAUAUUACCGUAAAAAGUAUGGGUAAGCACAGCAUAAAUGGUUUCUCUUGCAACCAAUGCCCUCCUAAGUACAUGCUGCUGGUAGCCAGGGGGGCUACCACUAGAAAAAUUCAAAACACACACCCUACUAAACACUGGCCAAUUAACAGUAAGAAGAUUUGUUGAAUUCAAUAAUUGGCUGAGAAAAAAAAUUUACUUCUCAAUGUAUGAUUAUCGAGCAAAAACAGGGGAGCAGCUUAACUCAUAUGGUAAAAUACUACUACAGUCACUUACCGCAGACACAUGUAUUAACAUGGAAAAAUACUGUGAUGUUAGUCCCAGGUUAAUAAUACGUGCUGUAAUAGUUUUAUCUUAAGAUAGCAAAGUAUGAAGGAGAUAUAAAAUCAAUUACUCAGAGUAACAGAACACGGAUUUUAUUUUCCUUUGGGAUUAUACAAAUUUUCUAAAAUCUCUACAACAAACACGUAUUCUAAAAAGUGACAAAGCUAAGCAACAAAAAGCCUCCCUCCCAAAAUCCUUUGAAGUAUGCAUACAUCUCUUAAUCUAGUUAAUUCCUGAGGAAACUAAGAAUGUAUACAAAGAGAGUUUAAUUGCUAUAUAUAUAUAUUAAAAAAAAAAAAAAAAAAAACAAAUUGGUGAAAGUACUAAGGAGAAUGUACUAAGUUUGGUAUAGCCACAUAACGGGAACACUAGUCAAUCACUUACAGUGCCACCAAUGAAUGUCAAAAAGGUGGUUCUUUGUAUUUACUGGGGAGAUCGCAAAUGUGUGCCUUUUAUUAUUUACCGAGGAGCUAAACCCUAUCUCUGGGUGAUACAUCAACUAUAAGAUAUAAUACACUAAUGAAACUAAACACCCCAUAGCACCCAAGAUUUCAGAAUGAAAAAUGGCUCAAACUCACCUUUAUCAAUGUGAACUUCUAGAAUCUUCUUCUCUCGAACGAUCUUCCUUCCAUUGCAACUUUUACAUCUGUCUUUAGGGCUGAUCCGUUCCCCAUGGCCCUGGCACUCCAUGCACACAGACUGAAUUUGCUGAACCAUUCCAGGUCCUAUCUGAUGAAUUCGUAUUUGCAUUCCAGUACCUCGGCAAUUAGGACAGCACUCUACUGCUCCUUUCUUACCACCUCGGCCUAAAUAGUUUAAAAAGAAGAUGAAGUUAGGUAUAAAUAUAGUAGCAAACACAGUAAUGAACACUUAAGACCAUUCCUAAACACCACUCUUUUAAGAUUUUAAAGAUCUGAUAAAAUGCUGCUCUAAGAAUCUACAAUCCAGUUUUUUUUUUUAUAAAACAUAGCCACAAUCACCUUCAAAUAUCUAUAAACAUCUUGUCUGCUGGUCUUCCGAAGGAGCCAUUUUAGAAUCUUGAAUUUAGGACUACUUCAUCUGUGAGAUCAGAACAUUUUAAAGAGUUUUUAAGCCUACAAGAUACCAAGUAACCUUUAUUCAUAAAGACGCUUAGAGGUUCACAGCCAGUCAUUUGUCUAUAAAUGAAACACAUAAAGUGCCAAAAAGAGACAGUUUAAAACAUACUACAGAUUAUGAAAAAAUGUUUCUUAAAUAUCAGAUAAGCAAGCGCUGUCUCCAAAUGUUGUUGGGGGGGUCAGUUCAGUCUCAAAUACAUUUAAAAUACACAGAGAAAAUGCUAACGUUCUGCUAAUUUUCUCUAGGUGGUACGGUCACAUGGUUUUUUCUAUACUUUUACACUCCACGAUUUGGGUAGUAUACAUUUGCGAGUUUUACAUACCCAGAGUUUUCUUAAGAUGUUAGGAAUACCAUACCUUCACAUUUGUCACAAAUCACAUUCUUUUGCAGAGCUAGUUUUCUUGUUGCACCAUUAUAUAAAUCUUCUAACGUUACUGACAGUUGAUGCACAACAUUUUUUCCUAAAACAAAACAUUGCACAUUAAAAAUCUAAGCUACUACAUCUUUUCUGAGUCCAAGGCAUUACAAAAACGGUAAAGAAUAAGAGAUGAACCACAGAGAAUACAUUUACUGAACAUCUAUUUACAUACACAAAAUGUCACAUUACCACAUUGGAUCUUCAAAUUGUUAUAUGAUGGCAAUCAAAAAACAUUACCUGCAAAAUCACUCCAGAAAACCAAUGUUAUUUAAACAGACACAUUUCACGAGAAAUGAAUCCAAACCUGCAUUUCUGUCCCAGCAUCUUCUUUGAACUUUUCACUUAGUAUGUGUUAUAGACGGAAUGUCCCCAAAACUGUUGUAAAUCUUAAUCUCUAUGCCUAUGGUUAUCUCAUUUGGGAACGGGUUGUCUUUGCUAUAUGUUAAGAAGGGAGGAUUAGUGCAGUGUGUAUCUUGAGUCAAUCUCCUUUAAGCAGAGCAGAGGUGGGGAAGAUAGAUCCCAAGACACAUAAAGCUCACCCAGGAGCUGAAACUCAAAAGAGACAAGGACCUUCCUCUGGGGCCAAGAGAGAAAAACUUCCCCUAGAGCUGGUGCCCUGACUUCAGACUUCCAUUUUCCUGAACUGUGAAAGAAAAUAAACGUUUGUAUAAGCCAUCCACUUGUGGUGUUUGUUAUAACACCACUAGAUAACUAAGACAGUACAGUAUUGAGCAACAUGGCCAAUUACUUCAUCCAAUGUUUUUUCAGCAUAACAAAAUGCUGCUAAUCAUUAUUAGCCAGGGAUGUGGCUGCUGUAUUCACUGAGUUGCCAUUUAAAACUAUAAAUUCCGAUUUCUUCCUAAAUCAACAGCAGCAAAGCAAAAAAAAAAAAAAAAAACUGCUUAGCCUACACUAGUUGUUUAAAAGUUACAUUCUCAUAUUCCUUAUGAUACUGCUAUCCGAUAGAAUUUUCUGCAAUGACAAAAAAAAAAAUAUAUAUUUUAUGGAAAUAUUUUAUAUUUCUGCUGCCCAAUACCAGUAGCCACUAGUCACAUGUGGCUACUGAGAACAUGAAAUGUGGCUACCGUGACUGAAAAACUGAAUUUUGACUGUCAAUCCAAACUUUAAGAGCCACGUGGUCAGUACCUACAAAGAGUUGCAUACUUCACUUAAUCUUAAAAUGUGAAGUGGAAGGUGGAGAUCAUAUGAGGAUUCUGAGAGUGCAGAAAUAAAUUCACCUGCCAAUGAUUAGGUAAUAAGUUCCUAGUCAGUAGUCUUUCCAUCAAGGACUUUAUCCACCAAACAGUACUUCCUUAUACCUAACUGAAAGUUUUCAAACUCCCUUCUGCACAUGUAAACACUUUUAGUUUCCAAUGAAAUGCUACAUGGCAUUUACUACACACCCUUCUGUUCUUAGCUCCAACUUUGGAAUAUCAUAAACACAACCCUACGUAAAUGGUUUUAGCAUGAUGAAAACUGCCCUGCUCACUUUAUACAGAGUCUAGAGUACAAGAAAAUAAAGUUUCUGGAUCUUAAUGAAGCAUGUAUUUUCUGGUCCAAUUGGUCUCACGCCAAAAAGCAACCUCUCGUUGAUUUAAUCCACACAAAAAAUUUGCCAGUGAUAGCUAUUAGGUCAAUCCCUUAUUUAAAAAAGUAAAACAAAACAACUUCUUAAAAAGCUCAGAGUGAAAUUUAACGACUUGCCCAUUUGUUCUAAAGUUGGCCUCUACUCAUUAGCCCUUGUUUGUAUAAAGCAUACAGGAAAUAAGGUGAGACUGUCUUCUCUUGACCAGAACACUGUACUGAACAAUAUUUCUACAGCCUGCAGACUACGUUUCUGCUAAAUAAAAAUUCAUGUAUUUUGAUAAAAUAAAGCUGAAUCAAGAUUACAGCUAACAAGCUAUGUGAAGACAAUGAACCUGUGUUCUGAUUCUGGCUCUACAGUUGACUGGCUGUAUGACCCUAAUAAAAUUUACUUCAGAUCACCUUUGACUGAAGAGGCUACUUACGGUAUUUAACACUGGGUCGCUAUGAGCCUGGUAUCUGUAAAAAAGCACUUUGAAAAUUAUGUUGCUGUUAUUUUGUUUCUUUAGUGUUUGAUUAAUCAUAGUACAUGCAAGACCUUUACGAAUAAUCUGUUACCGCUUAAUUGGUUUAGCAAAUUUUUUUUUUAGCAUAUUGUUACAUCAAACCUCAAUCUAAACUACACCAUAAAUUAAGUACCCAACAUUAUACCAACAUAAACAUGCAUUUAAAACUUAUGGUUUCUCAACAAUUUGUUUUGACCAAUGGCUACUUUAAUUUGCUGCAUGUGGACUAGGUUGUCUUACCUCUCCUUUCUCUCUGCAUCCUUCCACCACCUCCAAAAAACAUAUCAAAGAUGUCCAUGGGGGAGCCAAAACCACCACCUGCUCCACCCUCUUUGAUGGCCUGCUCUCCUCCUUUGUCAUACAAUUCUCUUUUCUUUGCAUCAGAAAGCACUUCAUAAGCUUGAGAAAUUUGUUUGAACUGUUUGAGAAAAAAAAAAAAAAAGAAUAAAUUUCAUUUUUUUAAAACAAAA